AUGGCCCCAUCCGCCGAGCAAGCCGCGACGCUCGCUCAUAAUAUUGAGCAGGAGUUGAACGCCAAGCUCGCCCACCAAAGCAGCCGCCAUGCAGAGAUAACCUCUAUUCUCUCCGACUUCCGCGUCGCCUGCGAAAAUAUCAUAUUCGCCGAUUUCCAAUAUGCCGUCGAGCACAAGAUCGAAACCCAGCUGUGGGGUGUCCACAGCAAGGUCAAUGCCAACUUCCGCAAGCAGCUGAGCUUGUUGAACAAGGAAGGCAAGAGCAGAGCCGUUGAAACACGUCUCGUCACGAAGCAAUACCUCGAGUUCAUCAAAGCCAGCCAGCGCUUCUACCGCCAAUUCGUUCUUCGCUUGGACCGCACUUAUGGAGGGAUUCCCGAACUACGCGACAUUGCAAGGACAUGGAAGAGCGACAUUCCAAGAACAUGGAAGAACGACAUCUCCCGCGAAACUCCCGUCCGACAUGUUCCCGCGGAGAUGAAGCGUCAAGUCAAGACGUCGCUCUACCUCAGCAUCAUUCAGCUCGGCGAUCUCUCACGCUACCGUGAGCUUCAGAGACAAGAAAAGGACCGCAACUGGAGUUACGCUGUUGGAUACUAUGGUCUCGCAACCUCGAUCGACCCCGACUCUGGCAUAUCGCACAACCAGCAAGCAGUCGUUGCGCUUGCAGACGGCAGUCACUUCCGCGCAACAUACCACCUGUAUCGCUCCCUUUCAACGAAACAACCGCAUCCUAUGGCAAAGAAGAAUUUGGAAGUGGAGUUCAAGAAAGUCAUCAACUCUUGGGAAAAGGGUGAGCUUAUCGGCAGACAAGCCAACCGCGAAGGAAAUGGUACCAACCGCGCCCUGAUUUCUUGGUUCGUACGUUUGCAUAGCAAGUGUUACAAGGGGGAAGAGUUUGCUGGCCAUGACGAAUUGGAGAAUGAGGUCCUGAGCCAACUGGCAGUGGAGCUGAAGGAGAGGUCUUUGGACGGACUCUUGCAGAAAUUCGUCAUGGUCAACGUGGCAGCCGAGCAUUUUGCAUCCGAGCAGCUGCAGAAUGGCUGCAUGGAGCCACACAAUUUGCGCUCUUACUUUUACUUUCUUCGCUUGAACGUCAAAACUUUCUUUGUUUUGCUUCAGAUCCUCCAACCGGAGCUCGAAUUCCUGACCGGAGAAGAUGUCAACGGAAGCGAGGAUGACCAAUCCCAGCAGCUGGCCGACAAGGUUACCGCAGUCGCGCGCCGAAUUCUCCCUGGACUCCGCCUGUACAGCGCCUGGUUCAUGAACACCUGGCAUAUCCUCUCAGCCGACAUUGAAGGCUUUGAAGGAUCGGUCUCCAAGGUGGAGGUACAAGAGAUGUGGAAAGCCUAUGCUGAGACAUUGACUUUGCUUGUCUCGGCCUUCGAACCCGGUCACCUCCCCAUGGAGCAGUAUAUGCUGGAGGAAGAUGUUGAUACGAUCGCAUUCCAGCCACUAACGAGCGAAAGAACGAAAAAAAUGUGGUACCUCGGUCAGGAGCUGAAGCCAAAAUGGUCCGACGAAGGUUUGGAGCGGAAUCAUCCUAAUGUGGAGAUGCUGAUGCGCAUCCGCGAUUUUCUUGUCGAUGGUCUCCAGUUGACGCAAGACCAGACUGCACCUCUGACUCUCGUUGGAACGCGUUUCGUUUACCAAGAAGCUGGUAUUCCGUCUCAAACCAUGCCCAGCCCAGACAAGAAGGCCGAGCCUGUCGCCCCCGUAGAACUUCCGGCCGAAAUUCCCCGCGGAGAGCCCAAUGUCCCUGUCCCUGACGAUCAAAUCUCUCACGGUGUUGCGCCGUCAGAGACUGCAUCUGUUGCCAUCUCCAAGGAUGCUGCGAUGAAUCGCAUGGUGGAUGAACUUCUCGGCCCUGAAGACGGAUUGGAUCCGCUGCCUGAGGAAGAUGAGAACAUACCUCCAACGCCGCCCGAGCAGACUUUCGAGGAUACAGCUUUGAUCAACGAUCAUUCUUACGGCAUCACUCCUGUGACUGUUGGAGACUACGUCAACAUGGUCCGGAACUACAGCCAAGCGUCGUGCACUCCCGAGGUUCACCGUAACUCUACUGCGUCCCCUGCCGUGCGGAAUCUGCCAUCACUUCCGUCUCUGCCGAAUACAUCUGAUAUCUGGAACAAGAAUUACGAGUCGCCCCUGCAAACAGCUCCCGCGGUUCCUCCAGGCCUGAACGUGACCAGCUCAGCUUUGGGCCGUCGCAGCAUUGGUCACUCCCGCCACGCAUCUCUUAGCAACUCCAUGAAUACUUUUUCUUGGGGCCAGGGACCUGUCCUACAAGGCCGUUCUGGAUCAAUGGUGGAUCCGUUCACUGCGCCUUAUGAUAGUCCUUUAUCGAGCAGCUUUCAGUUCCAUGGCAACUUUCAUCCCGGAUCUGGCAGUGGUUUCAUGGGUCAGGGUCAGGGGCCUCCCCAUGAUCCGAACUUGAGCCCGUACCCUCACGACCGGAAUGCGAGUCCCUUGCCCUUUGGCAAUGACCUGUGGGGUAGCGGUAGUGGCAUAUGGGGGACGGAUCUGAGCCACAGCCGCGGAUCAUUCGCGCACACUCCACCGAAUGGACAAGGCGGCUGA